UCUGGGAAAAUCACUUUCUUGCAAGUGGGCAGUGAGAGAGAAGGGUGGGGUGAGGCUGUGGAACCGACCGUGGAAAAUACUGCACCUGAACAAGUCGCACUUGCCAGCUCACGAAGUAAAACUGAAAUUCCUUGAUGACUUAAACAGAUGGAGUCUGCUUCUCAUUUCUCCUUUUAUUUAUCCUGAUAAGUUACUUAAAGCAGAACAUAUAGCUUUUGUGACAGAAAGCAUUUCAGCUCAGACAGAUAAUCUGCAGAAAGUACCUGGGUCUUCGAAAGAGGUCAUGAAAAUAGAUGGUGCUUCACUGUCUCUAAAAAGGCCUUCACAGAUUGUGAAGUGGUCAGACUAUUGUUCACUGUUGGCUUAUAAACCUGGAGAGCCUUAUAAGUUAAUCGCUGAAGCAAGUGUAGAUAAUUUCAGUAACCUUGGAAUAGCAUUCAUGGAAGACAGGCUUCAAAUGGAUAAUGGAAUGGUGCCACACAAGAUUGUUUCUGUCCAUUUACAGGAAUCUACUCUGAAGGAGUUGGCGCAGGUGGCACCAUCUGUAAAAGAGCAAAGUGUAAGCAGUACACAAAUGGAUGAAGUAACUCAUGCUGCUACUUUUGGGACGACUGUUAAAUUGGGAUUAGGAGUAUCUGACUCUACAGGACAAGAGAAAUCCAAGCUAGAGAAAGAAAGUGAGAAAGAAAUUGAGCAUGAAGAUGAAUCCAACAAUCUAUCUGACAAAGAGAUGGGUGUUGGAGAACAUCAUCACUUGCAUCUUUCCAGCUGUCAUGAAUGCCUGCAGCUUGAAAACAGUACUAUUGAAUCAGUCAGAUUUGCCUCUGCAGAAAACAUUCCAGAACUUUCUGAUGAUUGUAAUAGCAAACUGGAAGAGAAAAAUAAUGACUGUCUAGCAAGAGGAAUAAAGAGAGUAAACCUUGCUGGAAAGCCCCCUAAUGUAUUGAUUUAUCUUGGCUCUGAAACUGCAAAAGUGGAAUUUGAGCAGGUAAAAUCAAUCCUUCAGGAAUGCAUUGAUGCAGACAGUUAUACCAUCUACCAGUUGCAUGAGGAACAAGUUCUGAAAGCUCCGUGGAUUGAUAAUUCACUGCUAUUGAUCAUUGCCACAGACGAGGCUAUUUCUGAGGAGAACCACAAACAAUUUAUGAAAUUUUUAUCUAAAGGUGGAAAGAUUCUAGGGUUUUCUUCAUCUUUUACAUUUGAUGGCAUACAAAUAAAGAGAAAAAGCAAACUGAAGAAGACUGUUCAUGAAUUAGUGGUCUCUAAAAUGGACAACACUGAAAUUAAGCUAAAUCUUUUGGUCAGUGGCUGUAUUUUUGAGAAGGUGAUGAAGGAAGAUACCAGCAAAGUGAAGACAUUGAGUCGAUUAAAUAAUGCUGAUAAAGAUAUAGUUGUUGUUCAUCUCAGUUAUGGAGACAGUGGAGGAGAAGCCAUUCUUUCUCAGGCACACUUGGAACUGGAUAUCAAUUCUGUGGAUGUCCAAACUGAAGAUGAUUUUAAUUUGCUUAAGAUAAGCAAUACCAAGAGAUUCGAAGUUCUCAAGGAGAUCCUAAUAUCACUUGGCCUGAGUUGUGAAUUAAAUGAAAUUCCUAUGUUAACACCUAUCUACCUUCUCUCUUCUGAUGAGGAAAUCAAUCUUGCUUUUCUGAAAUGGCUUGAGGGAAGUGUAGAUGCUGAAGGAUUAAAACCAUCCAGCAAGGUGUCUCUUAAAUUUGUUACAUCUUGGGAAUCGAAAAUGGAGAUAACUCCAUCUUUCAUGCAAGUCAUCACUGAGGUGGGAAGCUUCUCAUCAGAACAUUUCAGCCUGAAGACAUAUCAACAGAAUCUUCAAACAAAGAAGCUUGGAAAGAUUGUUCUUUUUACUGAAGUUACCACAACAACAAUGAAUCUUCUAGAUGGGUUAAUGUUCGAGUUGCCUGAGGAGAUGGGUUUAAUAGCAAUUGCUGUUCGACAAACACGAGGGAAAGGUCGUGGUGGAAAUGUUUGGCUCAGUCCUGUGGGCUGUGCACUAUCCACCUUACAUAUCACCAUUCCUUUACAUUCUAACCUCGGCCAGAGAAUUCCUUUUAUUCAACACCUGGUGUCCUUGGCAGUGGUAGAGUCAGUUAGAUCAAUACCAGGAUAUGAAGAUAUUGAUCUGCGAGUGAAAUGGCCAAAUGAUAUUUACUACAGUGAUCUUAUGAAGCUUGGUGGAGUUCUGGUAAACUCUACACUUAUUGAAACAACAUUUCAUAUACUUGUUGGCUUGGGAUUUAACGUGAAUAACAGCAACCCCACCAUAUGCAUCAAUGAUCUCAUCACGAAAUUUAAUAAGGAAGAGGGGACAAAGCUGAAGCCUUUAACUACAGACUGUCUUAUCGCAAGGACUGUAACUGUGCUGGAGAGGCUUAUAGAUAUUUUUCAGGAGAAAGGGCCCAAUGGAGUUCUUCCCCGUUACUACAAGUACUGGGUACACAGUGGUAAGCAAGUGCGUCUCCACAACGAGGAGGGUCCGAUUGCGUGGAUAGUUGGGAUAGAUGAUUAUGGAUUCCUUCAAGUCCAUGAAGAAGGCAAGGGUGUAGAGUCUGUGCACCCAGACGGCAACUCUUUUGACAUGCUGAGAAACCUCAUAGUCCCAAAGCAUUAAUAGUCCUCAGAGCUUGCAGCGCAAAAGGAGGCUCUUUAGUAUUUGGCACCAAGCAGCUAAACUUGCUUAAAGGUGGGAAGGGUAGUUGAUGGCUUGAUUAUUUUUUUUUUCUUCCUAUUUUCUGAUAUCUUUGUUCUUUGACAUGGAUAACUUCAACAGUUAAGAAGAGGUAAUUAUCUCGUUGUUGAAGGCCUUUAUUCUUCCGUAUUAACUUCAAAACACAUCUCUGUUGCCAUUCUUUGUAAGCAUCUAUUCUUUAAAAGGAACCUGAUCGCAAAGGAAUGCCUUGCAAUGAACAGAACUUUCUCUUCAAUUACACACUGUAGUUGAGAAACCGAAGUGGCUCUGUGUUUUAUUGUGCUUUAGCACAAUCCAGUACAAUAUUUACAUUUUUACUAUGUUUUUUUAAACUAAGUUGUGGUGUAUGCGUUGUCUGCAGUGGAAACAGCUGGAAGACCUCAUCAUAUAUUUCUGAAUUCCUGGGAUUACCACUGUGUUUAGAUUCAGAUCUAAGUAGAGCCUUGCUGAUUUGGUUCUCCAUGUGGGCCUGUACAACAGUUUACCACCCUGUGCUAUGGUCUCAGGUCUGCAACUCUGUCAUGGCUGCCUUAAGAUUUUGGGGAGUUUUCCAUCAGUGCUUAAGAACUGUUGGUCAGUUAUUCAAAUUUUUUGUACUCUGCUCUUCUUAGUCAAUUGGAUCUGAGUAAAUCAUCUUGUAUCUCCUUUGAAUCAUAGUCUUCCAAGAGGCCCAUAAGACUAGCCCACUGGAGUAGUGUAUCACCUAGCUGCAGUCCUCUUAUGCAGGUUAUUGUAGAAUCCCAUGUCAGGAGAGGGAAGUCUAAAUAAUUUACAAUUUAAUAGUAAUUCUAUUGCAAUAGUCAUGAAGUUAAGUGACUAAUUAAGAGGAAAAAAAAAUCCCUGCCUGCUGUAAACAACAACUACAGUGAAAAAGAGAAAACACGUAGUCAACCUGUGUCCAAAUUCUCUUCCAUUGUUUCUGCUGUCACCCCCUUUCCCAGAGCAGGGCGUCUGGUUUUGCCACUAGCCAUUAAAAGCAAGAGGUUUAACAUCUGCUGACCCGAAAGUAGCUUGCUCUGGGGGCUGGCUGCAGAGUUCAGGGUUAGGUGUAACAGCUUGCACAGGACUGGAACGCAGCAGGACGUGGGCAUGUGGGAGCUUCCGUGCAAUGGCAG